UGGAAAUUGAAUAAUCUGCAAAUACUUUGGGGCUUACUCGACCAGUACAGUUUAGUAAUCAAUUCACUAGAACGUAAGGCUUUCUGUUGCUGCUAGCCGACUCGUUCAGCUACCCACUCUCGAAGAAGAAAAUGGGUUUUAGAUUCUUGAUAAACCUGAACCCAAUUCACAGAUCGCGGGCUUCAAGAAUUAAAACGUACUUGGAUUCCAACAUUUUGAAAAAUUCUUGUGCAUAUUGGGAUUCGGGGUUUCGCGAUCGGUCCGAUUGUUCUGGGAACCCUAAUUUCACGGCGCGGAGGCGGUGUCACGUGGGCCACUCGCACCGGGACCGCGAUUCCACGCCGGGGAAGGAGGGCGAAAAGAUUUUCCGGCUGGGCCUGGCGGCGGACAUCGGGCUGGCCACCGGAAAGGCCGUCACUGGGUAUCUCUCCGGCAGCACCGCGAUAGUGGCUGACGCUGCUCAUUCGAUUUCGGAUGUGGUAUUGAGUGGCGUGGCACUGUUGUCGUUCAAUGCGGCGAGAGCGCCGAAGGAUAAAGAACAUCCAUAUGGACAUGGCAAGUUUGAGACUUUAGGAGCACUUGGAAUUUCUACCAUGCUUUUGGCAACGGCUGGAGGCAUUGCUUGGCAUGCAUUAGAUGUCUUGAUGGACAUAUGGUCAGCUGCUCCUGAGAUAGUCAAUCAAUCCUUGAAUCAUAAUCAUACACAUGGCGGACAUCACCAUGAAAUCGAUAUGGAGCAUCCAGUUCUAGCGUUAAACAUGACUAUAAUAUCGAUAGCUGUUAAAGAGGGGCUUUACUGGAUAACGAAGAGGGCAGGUGAAAAGUCGGGCAGUGGGCUCAUGAAAGCGAAUGCAUGGCAUCAUCGUGCCGAUGCUGUUUCAUCAGUCGUUACUCUCAUUGGGGUUGGUGGAUCAAUUCUCGGGGUUCGAUUCCUUGAUCCUCUUGCUGGACUUCUCGUUUCUGGAAUGAUAUUGAAAGCUGGACUCGAGAGUGGUUAUGAAAGUAUCUUGGAAUUGGUGGAUGCUGCUGUUGUGCCUCAACAACUCGAACCUUAUAAACAAACUAUACUUCGAGUUGAGGGAGGAUACAAACACAUGAGAGGAAGACGAGCGGGAUCUUCCCUUUAUCUUGAUGUAGACGUUGAGGUAGAUCCCUUUUCCAGUGUUAGUGCUGCACAUGAUAUUGGUGAAAACGUUCGGCGUCAGCUUCAGCAAUCUUAUCCUGAAGUAGCGGAAGUUUUCAUACACAUUGAGCCGGCCACUUCACAUAUCUCGGGAAGUGAUGGUGAUCACCAAGUAAAUGUUAAAAGCUCAGAUCAUCAUGACAAUACCAGAUUAUUGGACCAAACUGAUGUUGAAGAUAUAGUUUCUAAAAUUUUGUCCUCCAGGUUCUCAGAGAAAAUGGAAGUUGAGCGCAUUACCCGACACUCGAUUCAACGGCAACUUUUUCUUGAAAUCGAAGUCUCGAUGCCAUUGGACUCGUCAAUUAGGGAGGCUGUAGAGCUUGCAAAAGAGGCCGAAAAAACGAUUGUGGAGGUUGUGCCAGAAGUCAUACACGUGUCCAUUCAGCUUCGACUUGGAUGCUCGAUGCCCGAGUUUCGAAAAAAAGUAGGCCGUUAAGAUGCGCUUUUAAUUGGUCAUUUUUGACUAAAUUAUGUACUAAGUAUGAAAUUUGGUAUCUUUUUGUCACCAAAAUCACUAGUAUAUGUGUCGGCAGUUUGUGACAAAGAAAGACUGGUUUACUGAAUAGAAUAAUUUCUUUGGCAUUCAACUUGGGAGUAUUGAAACAAUUGGAAAUUGUACUGAAUGAGUUUAUCACUUUCAUAUUACAUGAAUUAUUAUUAAUAUUAUAUUAUUAAUAAUUACAGUAAUAUGUCCCUUACACUGUCAAAUCCCUCCUGAGGAUGAGACAGCUGUUGAUUAAUAGUGUCUGCUUGCAUCGACCGUUGAUUCAUAUUCUCCAGAUCCAAUUGCCCAUCACUCAGCAGAUUGUGUGGUCCUGAUCCACCGAGCCCCAAGAAAUCGACGGUAGCCAUUGCACUUCCACCUAAGCUUGUUGGAGUUUCUCCCAUCAUAUUAUUACCCUUCUCUUGUGCCCCCACCACAUUCUUCAAGAACCCGGCCACCGGAUUUUGGUCGCUGAUCAAAAUUCCGCCGUAAAGAAUUGUUUCGAAGGGCUUGGUGGCCGUAUCUUCUGUAUUCCUCUGCAGAAAUUUGUCGAAUGUGUAAGUAUUGGUUGUGGGCCCUGAUCCAGGCCCAGACAAGAGGUUCGGGCCCGCCAUGAUGUUGUCCAAGGUCUCCUGCACCAUGGGGAAAUGCAUAGUGUUUGAAGCUGUGGCAUCCAUCUGGGCCGCUUCCUGUAAAAGGGCCGUGGCCGGCAUAUUUGGGCUAAACAUGUGCCUCAAUUUGUCGUCUGGAUUAAAGCUGUAGCUUGAUGGGCCUGGAUUUGCGCUGAGCUGAAGCUCAGAUGAUGAACUAUGGAUGCUCAAUGGGCUGCUGCCGAAUAUGGUGUCUGAUGAUGACGUGGCAGAUAGCAGGCGUGCCACAUGCAUGGGCCUGAAUGGGCUGUUGAAUUCGGUUACGCCUAUGGAAGUGUAUGCGUUGGUGCUUAUGGGCAUGAAAUCAGUCAUUUGGGUUUCUGCUUCUUGGGCCGUUGAGCCCAUUGUUAUGCCAUGUCUCACCUUGCUAUUUUCUUGGGCCAGUGCAUCACAGAAUAACCUGUGAGCUAGAAAGCUAUCUCUCCUGGAUAAAACAGCUCCACAAUCACAUUUAUACUCCCUUGUGCCACAAGUUUUCCAAUGAGCCUUCCAAUCUGAUUGCACCGCGUAUUUUUUCGAACAUUUUUGGCAUUUCCACUUUUUCUCCCCAUGUUUUCUACUAUAGUGCUUCUUGAUCCCGGUUAGGUCACCAAGAGCACGAGAGGGGUCGUGAUGCACGCAUGUUGGCUCGGGACAAACAAAAACUCGCCUAAUUUUAACCUCAUUUGUAAUUGUCUUUUUUUGUCUUAGCUUCCAUGGGAGAUUAUGACCCCUUUUGUGUAGUUGUAGGUUUUGGUCCCUUUGGAAACCUUUGUUACAAAUUUCGCACACAAACCGAUUUGUGGCCAUGAGGGUUUUUGGCGAGAGGGAAAUAACUUCGGCCGUUGGAUCUAAUUAACAUGUGAUGAUUGAUCGUAUAAAUUAGAAAGACAAAAGAUAUAUAUAAUCGAGUAAUUCUUUGUGAUCUUAGAGAAAAUUGACUAGCUCAGCGCGUUUAAAUUUUAAAGAAAGUACAUAUAUAACAUUAUGAUCGUUUAUGUAUGAAAUUGUAUAUGGUGUUAAUUCAAAUAUGAUAAGUGGAUCUUAUGUACUGCAAAUUGAAACUCUGAUAAUGUUUUAAGUUUGAUAUAUAAAUCCAAUUUUAAAAAGGAGAUACAGUAGUUGAUGGGAAAAGGUGCAAUCAAGCACAGUGUGGAGAUUGCAAUUAUUGUGAUAUUCAAGGCAAUUAUUGGACACUUUUAUAUGUGGUUUUUUGAUAAAUUAUUUAUUUAUUUAUUUCUUAAUAUAUGAUCAGUAUAUGACACACAUGAAAUAAUGUUUAUUCGUUAAACUCUACCUGAAAUGCAUCGUCAUCAUCAUCUAUUCAUCUUCAUGUCAAAAUUCAAGUUAAAAAACAAAACACCAGUACAUUUUUCAUCAUCUUCUUCAUAAUCAAUUUCACA